AUAUUAUUUGUAGGUUUAGAUGCUGCUGGUAAAUCAACUAUUUUAUAUACAUUAAAAUUAGGAGAAGUUGUAACAACAAUACCAACUAUUUUAUGUUAUUUGGAGUCAGGUCUAAAUUUCAAUGCCUUUGAUGUUGGAGGAAGAUGCAAAAUACGUCCAUUAAUGAGACAUUAUUUUCUGAACACAGAUGCCCUGCUAUAUAUAGUAGAUAGUACGGAUGAUGAAAGAUUAGAUGAUGCUCUCAGUGAACUCUGUCAGUGUUUAAAUGAAGAUGAAUUACGUGACAGUAUUUUUAUGUUACUGUGUAAUAAACAAGAUAAACCUAACGCCAUGACUGCAGAAGAAUUUAUGAGAAAUUGA